AUUUCUGUCUACUUCAUCUAUUCAUUCAUGACGAAGGAGGAACAGGAAGUCUCCUACGUUUCCAAAGUCGGAGAUCUAUUGUAAUGACUGCUCGGCGGUUGUGUCGUGGUGUGCCAAAUUAAACGGCUGAUGUUGUUCUGUCUCGUUUCUGCGAGCAUUUCGUGUCAUUCCAGCUGAUUCCAGCCUUUGUAACACCUGUAGUUUGCGCGCCAGUUUAUGUUGGUUUACGUACCGUGCUGUGCGUACUCAAAUUUUCGGUCGUUAAACUGCAAUUUGUUCUUGGGAAUGCCCGUUGCAAGAUGCUAACGCGAAUUUUCCCAGUGUCUGACACUGAGGCGGCCUGUGCUUUGCGCUCGUCUUCGGUGUUUCUGUUGGGCACAGACCAAGAUGUUGUGACAUCCCUGGCACUUCAGGCAGCAGUUACCACCGCAAGUGAGAAAGAAUACGUCGCCAUAUUGGGGAACGCUGCCGUAAAGAAAUUUUAUCGCGUGCAUGGAAUGCCACAGUAUGAGGACAGCAUGGUAGACUUCAUUAGGCCAAGGUUUUUUGCCACUACUGAUAGCCUCUGUGACUACUUUAUCCAGUUCCACAUGUUGCCAACGUAUCCAGACCUAAUAGUGCUUCUUGGACUUGAGGAAUUCGUGAAGGAGGCUUCUAAGAGUACUACCGGGGAUCAAGAAAUUAUACGUCUCCUGGCUUUUCUGCUGGACGUGGCACACUUUGCCUCAAAAAAGAAUGGUCGCCCCUGCAGGAUCUUGACACUCUAUGCGGGCAGUGAGGGAGAACCGGGAAACUGGUUGCACCGGUUUCCGAGCCUUCGCGCCACCCGGCUCUGGUGUGAGAGUCAGCAGCAGGACAGGUUCACGAUCGGGGGCUACGGGACAGGACGGCUGACGUUUUGCAAGGAAGGGAACCUGCUUCGGUUGCAGCAAGGACAACCUCUGGGUGCUUCGUCUUGAUCGGAAUCUUGCGGCUGCCACCUCCCAGGUGCCAACUUGGGGGCCUGAUACACCGGUGCGAGUCGUAUAUAUUUCCACGGGAGUAGUCGCGGCUUAUGCGCGAUCUUUUCUUUUUUUUUUUUUUUUUUUUCGACCCCAGAGUAUGGACCACAGGGUUUACGGCCUUCUCUGUGGUCUCCUUUGCCCCACAAAUUAUAGUCGCGUCGUACUGCCCGCGGCUUAUCUGCGAGUGCGGCUUAUCUGUCCGAAAAUUUUCGAAAUGUUCCUAAAAACGGGUCCUGCGACUUAUACGCGUGAAAUUACAGUAAUGGGAAUUACGAUUCUUUUCGGCGAACCAGUUCAUUCCAAUCAUUUCACCUAAGUGAUUUCGUUCGAAAGGUUCGUUUAUGAACCUCUGAUGUCACGGCAUCACAUCAUCACGUGAUUUAGCGACGUGACUAAUUUGACUAAUUCGUGACUAAUUUGACUAACGUGACUAAUUCGUGCUAUGUCUGUCCCUUCGUGUUCCCUAGUCUCGAGGUUUUUAUGUUAUGCGUGACUAAUUUGCUUGUUUUCUUUUUUCUUUGUGUCUUCACAGUUGGAGCUGCUGUGUUAACUGCACGGGAGACAUUUCUGCUUUUCAAACCGUAGCGAGGAGGUAAAUGCCGUUGUAGCAUAAAACGUGAAAGACUCUGUGACAAGUAAAAAAGGGUGUUUGAGCUAUAGCUUUCAGCUGGAAUGCACGUUCACUCUUAAACACGCACAUUGAAAGGUUGCCGGGAGGCGAAUAAGGCGACACUAGAGUGGAUUAAAAGUGUUUACCUGUACGGUUGUUGGGCAUAAAUUAGAAGAUACCUGGAAAGAAUCUGUCAGUCAUUCCACAUACUAUUAUACUAUAAUUUCACGCGUACAAGCCGCACCGCAAAUAAGCCGUAGGACCCCUUUUUAGGAACGUUUUGAAAAUUUUCAGGCAGAUAUGCCGUGGGCCAUAGGCACCGACUGCGGGGGGGCUUGGGGGCCUGAGCUCCCCCGGAACUUUUCCAGGGGGGCCAGGCCCCCUCCGGAGGUCAGUUCUAGUGCUCCACCAUGAUCGGAUUGUGGCCUUGUUGUCUGUUUUUCAUGGAUCGACGGGUCAGCCGCCUUCAAGAAGACAUGAAUUGUUGUCACCACUUUCGUUAAAGCUGCUGGGGGAAGGCACCGGGAAGGUCAGUCUACUCGAAGUUGGACGCGCCCCUGUUAGGCAUUGCUCAUACAUUGGCAGGGCGAUGCUGUUCCAGAGACACUGUCGGCCCUUUUGUUAAAACUGAUGUAUGGGGAAAAUACCGGGGCAAAAUAAUCAUCAGAUAAGGCACACCGGUAGAUAAGCCGCAAAGCGCCCGUGAGCAAAAAAAAAUCGCGCAUAAGCCGUGGCUGAUACGCGUGAAAUUACGGUAGUCUUAACGUAAAAAGGGUAAAUGUGAUUUCUUCAGCAUACCUUAAAUUGUCCAGCGGCAACGCAGCUAGCAACACUGAUCGAGUUGGUGCGAGAGGGAAAAGCAAAUGAGCUCCUCGCACUCUUUGCAUGUUAUGCCAUUUGGUUUCACCGUAUGACACGGAACAGAUAUCGUCUGCUAGGAAUGACAUUCAGUUUGCCGUGUGACACGGGUGUUAACUGCGGAGUCUGGGCCAACAAUUAGGACAAACGCCCAGGCAAUGAUCGCAACGAAGGUUUAUAGUGUCAGCGUACUUGCGGAAACGUUCGAGUUUGCUCGAGUUACCCGGACAUGUUAGUGCGUAGUAGUCUUCAUACUAUGGUAUAGUCGAACUCUUUUUUUCAUAACCACAUUUUUGCAAUUUUUACGCCAUUGCGCCAAAAGGAGCUCGCGGUUUUUAUCGGGAAAAUGUGCGCCGGAAAAGGGGUGUGUGCUGGUGUUGUAUACUUCCCAAAGUAGUAUGUGACACCGCUUCAUGAAUUUGUUGCUAAAAGUGUUUUUAAUUCUCAUUGGAUAUUUGUAUCUGGUAUGUGUAUUUGCUCCCAGUCCUCGGGCAACAUGCUACACAUUGAUUCUAUGAGCAAAUUGUUGGUGACCAUUUGGAAGGGCUGCUGCACAGGAAUGUGUACAAGACCCCAUGACGCUGUACUUAGGACCGUCAUAGUUACGGCCGCCAUUCACUGGGACUUCAGAGCUUGCACCCCUUCUUUUAAUCUUCCAGCACGAUGCUAUUUACAAUACUGCGUUUCUUACUGUGUUGAAAUGGGGUAGUUUGUAUCUGAGAGCCAUAGUGAAACACAGGCAGCCAAGGACAGACUUUUGAUGCCCUCGAGAAAUUUGGCAAUACAUUGUAGGGGACUCUGAAUGCUCCCUCAAUUUCCAGAACACAUGUGUCUUUCGGACGCAUGAUGUGUCUCGGGGAGGGCCCGGGCCCCCAGGGACACAACCCCCUUGAAUAUACUUAUGAGCGCAGGUGACCUACAGAAUGUGCGCGCAAGGCCUCUGUCUGUCCGCGCAUCUUUAAAGAUACUGUAAAGCGGUAGAGCCGCAAUCUCAGAAAAAUUAACUGUUGGAUGGCCUUUAGAUGUUAAAACACUUGGAAACCCUUUGGGAACUCCCCUUCACAACGCUACACAACCCUUCACACGACUUUACACAAUGCUAACGCAAGAGAGCUUUCGCCGCCAAACGAGCGUUUCUGGCUUCCUCCGAUAGACCUCUCCCUGUUUGUAAGCAAAUGACGUCAUAGUGUUCGACAGCGCCACCAAUUUGGUAGAGUUGAACUACGCUCGAAGCUAGGGGGCGAACAAGGUCGCGCCCGAAAGCCACGGUCUUGAGGGGAUUACAGUGGUCCCUGAAAGGGACACGACCUUCGGUACUUCUUUUCUUUCAAUAGGAGGCAGCGAACAAGUGCCCAUUCGUGGAACCCAGCCCUCCCUUUCCGAUUUGUUUCGACUUCAGUCCGUCUACCAACGUCAUGAUGACGUUUCUCGGGUAGAGGUCUGUUCAGCUUGGCGGCGCCGUCUCGCAGCCGCUCCUUCGCACAGCUUUCGCAACCCAUGGGGCGCCCACGCAGACACUUCUGAACCUGUCAACCACCAUAGCUGCACUGCCGGAGCGCCACGUCGCGCUCUCCACUUACCGCGCACGCGCGCCGGACAACAGACAGACCACGCCGCGAUUCUUUCGUAGCGAGGACUCUAAUGCUAACACAAUAAACAUGUUUCAAAGAUCAGCGCUGCUUCCGCGGCCGCAGAAGCUCCGGCGGCGUGACGUCACUUUCUAAGCGGAAGAGUGAGAGCGCGGCUGUCAGAGGAGGAAAGGCGCCGUCGGGACCGCACUCUUUUCUCCUGGUCGCGCCCUCAUUGGUUCUUAGGGAGUGACGUCUUCUCGCUUUUCCAGAGAGGGAAUUCCGGCAUACCCUCAACAUCCGCCGUCUGCUCUUGUCAUAUAUUCCGUCGAAUAACAGUCAAACUACGCCAGUCUUUCGCGUGGGGUUUUCGAUACCCUGGUCAGUGGCCCAGUAGGAAUAAAAUGACGCUAUAGUUUCGAAAUCGUCUGGACCGGAUGCGACCGCUCCUUUCAAAUUGCAAAAUACGGGCAACACUGCCGAAAUCGCCAUCAUCUGAGCAUUGCUCGUCAAGAAAGUAAGCUCGUAAGCACGGCGGCAAAACUGCGUUGCAUGCGCAUAACAUUGUAUCUAAAACGAAAGAAGACGAUGAGCUAUCAUGAGCCAGUCGGGAACAUAGAUCGCUGUUGCUUGACAAAUAGACCUCUCCCUGUUUGUAAACAAAUGACGUCAUAGCGUUCGACAGCGCCACCAUUCUGGUAGAGUCGAAUUACACGCUCAAAGCUAGGGGCGAACAAAGUCGCACCCAAAAGCCACGGUCUCGUGGGGAUUACGAUGGUCCCUGAAAGGGACGCGACCUUCGGUCCUACUUUUCUUUCAAUAGGAGGCAGCGAACAAAUGGCCCAUUCGUGGAGCCCAGCCCUCCCCUUCCGAUUUGUUUCGGCUUCAGUCUGUCUACCAACGUCAUGAUGACGUUCCUCGGAUAGAUGUCUAUUGGGUAAGCCUGCGGUAGGAAUACUUUUAGAGUUCGAUCAUAAUUGCAUAUGCGGCUGACUGAAGCAGGCGGAAGAAAUAGUCUGCGGAAGAAUAGAUUAGUGUUAUAUCGUUAUUACAUGCGACCAACUGAUGCAGGCGGAAGGAAGAACGCCGCGGUAUAGGAAUAUGGGGUUGCAAUUAGAUGCAAGCCGCGGACGGGGGAAAAUGGUCCCAGCUGGAAGAAGGAAAUCACUGGAAAGGUUAGCCAGCUGUAGGACUAACCUUUUUAGUGACUUCCUUCCUUUCUUUCAUUGUUAAAAGGCAGUUGAGGCUCGUGUGUUUUGUUGUCUUUUCUUCUGCGUUCCAGCCUCAGAACAUCGGUUUCCAUCGUCCCAGCUGGCAUGGAAGGAAAAAAGGUCCCGUGCGCGCCGAUGGUGCCUCAUAAGGAAAAAGACCUUUUUCACGACGGCAUAUGCGCAUGACCUUGAGGCGCCGAAGAGGGUUGUCUCCGUCUUCACUAGAUGGCGCAGUAUGGGGACGAGAGAAGUAGGGAGGCAUAGUUCGCUGGAAAACCGCUAGGAUAUGACGCGUAUGUGAAAAUGUUCCAUUCGCGAAAAUUCAUUGGUUCCUUCUUGACGUCCCCCUGUGGUUUAGUGAGCCUCGUUUUAGAGCAGGCGUCGUUGUUUAGCGAGUGACGUUUUAACGGGAAAACAACGAAAGAAGGCGCUUCGCUUUUUUGUGCAAAGUCCCGGUUUUGGUAUAAGGGAGGACUUGCGGGCCAACAGCCAGUAUAAAUCGGCAAUCUAGGCCGCCCUUUUAUUUGAGAAGAUCUGCAGGUAUUUUGCAUUUUUAACUGUUCUGCUUAGGAGCGUAAACCAUGAUCUUGUAAGCUCUGAACGGCAAAAAGGUAGGAUAAUGUUUUUUCAGUGCCAACAUCAAGUAGACGAAGCACCUAUCUCGCACGGUUAAUAAGUAUGAGCACCUAGACUUUGCAUAUAUUGGUGAUCUGCAUUGGGAUUGCUGACGCAUGUUUUACGGUUUCGCCCAAAGGCCAUCAUUCAACAAUAAAAUCAGUACUUAUAAAGCGUUGGAGCUGACCGAAUCCGUUUUGUUAAUAUACACGGAUAUUUCCGUUCUGGUUCUUUGUCUGUAAUUUUACAGUUACGGGAAAGUCUGCACUUACACGAUGAAUGUAAUCGUCUAUUAUUGUCCCCAAUGAUAAAGCAUGUACCCGAAGGUCUGGUAUUGAUUAGAUGAG